UUUAUUCAAUUGGAUAUCGCACUUUCUUAAGAUUUUAAACCCACCAGCAGAACCCAAGAAUUCCCAUUGUACUUCUUCGUUUAUUCUUCGUUUAUUGUUGUUAGUUUUAUUCGAAAAGACUUCCGAAGCGUUUCGCAUGACGAUGAUUUCUCAGCCAGAUAAAAUACGAUGAGAGUGAAACUUUUUUCGUCAAGUAGAUGCCAUUGACUCGAAACUCGAUCAACACACUCCCAACAUUUUUCAAAUAUAUAUGAAAUCCUCUAUUUACUAAGGAUUUUUGAACGAUCUUUGUCACCGAGAGUAAUUUUUUUCUCACGAGUUUUAAAAAGAACUCCAUCUACUUAAAUGCCUAUUGUACGCAGUAAUUAUUAUUCACUUUCUGAAAUUUGAGAGAAAAACCAACACGAAAACAAGAAAUCGGAUCUCAUACAAAUACCUCUAGAAAAAACAUCAAUAGACCGUGAAGAGACAUUUCAAAGGAAUAUUCCAAUGGCCUUUGCAAAUGAUUUCGCCAAAAACAAUUGCAAUACAAUCCUGAGACUGUUUUUUCUCAUCGGAGUAUUCGAAGCUAGUCAGGCCCAAUGGCGGCCAUGCAUAGAGUUGAAGAGAGAGCUUCAUGUCCCUUGCAAAUGCACCAUAGCACCGGACAAUCAUCGUGCGCUGAGGAUGAAUUGCGAUCGUGUUAUUUUUACGAGCGAUACCCUCGAGUUAUUGAGAGAUCAACCGAUAACGUGGUUGAGUCAGAAAAAUUGUGGUUAUCAAAGAUUACCCGAGGAUCUUUUGAAUUCGGGCCUCGCCAUUGAGAAGCUCGAUCUCUCGGGUAAUUCGAUUUACCGGCUAAUGGAUCGGCUCCUCAGUGCGCAAACACGACUCCGUGAACUUCGGCUAAGUGACAAUUUACUCGGUGACAAUCUCAAUCCGAUAUUCUCGAGCAACGAGUUUCGGGAUAUGCAUCUCUUGAGAUUACUCGAUCUCCGUCAUAACGGGAUCCGCAGCAUCGAGGAAGGAAUCUUCAAAGGCUGCGAUAACCUUGAGGAAUUGUAUCUCGAUGAUAACAAUCUUACCGCUGUACCUGCCGAAUCUCUAAAGGGCCCCAAAGCCAUAAGAGUCCUCUCACUCUCCGGCAACGACAUAGGUUUUCUUCCGCGUGGAGCGUUCUCAAACCUCGGCGAAUCUCUUCUGCGGGUCGAUCUUAGUCGUAACGAGUUGUCGCACAUGGAGGAUGGUUCUCUAACCGGUCUAAGCCACGUUCUCUUCUUGAACUUAUCGAGAAACGAUCUCACUCGUUUCAACAGCGAUGUAUUCAAAGGUGCUUAUAAUUUACUACAGCUGGACCUCUCGGCAAACUUUCUCCACGAAUUCCCCAGCGACGCACUACGGCAUCUACAAGCGCUCAAGUUUCUCAAUGUCUCGAACAAUUUGAUUACCGAAAUUGAGCGUACACAUUUGACCGGUCUGGCCGAGCUGCAAGUGUUAGAUCUGAGCAGAAACAACAUUGGUCGUUUGGGGGUCAAUACAUUCGCUAAUCUUACAGCGCUUACCAGGCUCGACCUGAGUUUGAAUGCACUGCGGACGAUCGAAGAGUCUUCUUUCGAGGGAUUGAUAAAUUUGAAAUGGCUUUCCCUUCAGGACAACAAUAUUCUCCUGGUGCCAGCACUGGCGAUAAGUCGUUUGCCAUCUUUGACCCAUUUACACGUUGAAUUCAACCGUAUAGCAGCGUUAUCGAGUGAAUUAUUGAGAUCGACGGCUUCGAGUUUGACCUCUUUAGGCUUGACGCGAAAUUUAGUGCGCGAAAUUCCGGCGAGGUUGUUUCAGAGCUUUGAGAACUUGAUGAACAUCGAAUUAUCGGGUAACAUGCUAUCGUCCGUGUCUCAGCAUACGUUUGCCGGUUUGGAAGACAGUCUGUUGAAUCUCGAUUUGUCCAACAAUCGUUUAACCCAGGUCAGCCCAUUGCCACUGAAUAAUUUAUUGUCACUGAAUUUGGCGGACAAUAAUCUUAAGCGUUUGAGUCCUGACACCUUCGAGGAUCUCGUAAAGUUGCGUUAUCUCAAUAUAAGUGGAAAUCCAUUGUACGGCGGUUUCCCGCCAAUAUUUCCGACUUCGUUGAUAAACUUGGAUGCUUCGCGAACCGGUCUCCAAGUAUUGCCGACGGUGUUGCUGCUGAAUCUCGAACUUUUGACGAGUUUGGCUCUGGCGAAUAAUCAUCUUCAAGAAAUAAGCGAAGGAACGUUUCAACAUCUUCACAAUCUGACUCACAUAGAUUUGUCGUACAACGCGAUUGAGAGAAUUGAAAACGGUGCAUUCGUCGGUCUGGUGAAUUUGUACGAGUUGAAUCUUCGUGGAAAUCGAUUGGGCUCGUUCGCCGGUGAAUACUUCAACACCGGGACAGGUCUCGAGAUUCUCGAUCUUACCGACAACGAAAUAGCUUAUUUGUCGCCGACGAGCUUCGUCAUUCAUCCCCGUCUCCGAGCGAUUCACCUCGGGCAAAACCGUUUAACGAGGUUCCCCAGUGAGUAUUUCAAGUCUUUGCAAUUUCUCGAACGCAUCGAUCUGUCGUCGAACUCUCUGCGAAACGUCGCCGAAUUCGCUUUCGCUCAGCUCGGAAAUUUACGAGAAUUGAAACUUUCCGAAAAUCGAAUCGAAUCGGUCGACGAUCUAGCCUUUCACAAUUCAACGCAAUUGCAAAUUCUUGAUCUUUCGAAAAACGUUUUGGAGACUCUAAGCGAAAGAACGAUGGAGGGUGUACUGCGGAUGGAGUAUCUGGAUCUUAGCGACAACAAAUUAACCUCUUUGCCCGAGACAAUAUUCGAUCCGGCGCGAAUACGUUCGGUGGAAAGAAUUAACUUGUCGCAAAACCGAUUCAACGAGAUUCCAGUGAAAUCCUUACAGAGACAAUCCUCCAAACUGUUGUCCCUGAACCUCGCGAAAAAUCGUCUCUCCGAGUUUUUCACCCAGGAUAUCGUCAACACUGUUAAAUAUCUCGAUUUGUCGGACAAUCCAUUGAGUGAAAAGGCCGUCAGAGGAAUAAUGGGCGAAGCGAAAAUCUUGCGAUCGCUCAAUCUCGCCCGUACAGGAAUGAAAAGCGUCACAAGAUUGGAAACUCCGUUCCUCAAAGAUUUGAAUCUUUCUGGCAACGAAAUAAAGGACAUUCGACCAGCGGCUUUGGAGCGCGCGACUCUAUUGGAAAAUCUCGACAUUUCGACGAAUCGUUUGAAGGAUUUUGGCAAUUUAGUAAACACUUUCAAGACACUUGCCGCAUUGAUAUCGCUCGAUGUCUCUGGUAAUCUUGUGACGAAUUUGAACGAGAGUAGUUUCGUAGGUUUGGAUCGUUUGCGAGUCCUGAGAAUUUCCAAUCUGACCGAAUGUACGAGAAUUGAGAAAAGUGCUUUUAAGAAUUUAGCCAAAUUACGAGAGCUGAAUGCCCAAGACUAUCCAAGACUCGGUUAUUUCGACGUUCAGGGGAUACUCCGUCCCAUGCAGAAUAUCGAGUUCCUCGACGUUGAGAUAAAGGACUCGACGGUUGGUAACGAGCUACUAUCGAUCAGAAUGCAUCCUCGACUACGGGAGCUCACGUUGCGAGGCGAAAGGCUGCGAAGUAUUUUAUCGAGUGCUUUAGCCGGAGUCAGAAGUUCCCAACUGCAUUUGGGAAUAAAAAAUUCUUCGAUAGAUGCGAUACCGGCAGCAUUGUUAUUCCCUGUGCCCCGUUCGACGAGGCUCGAUAUCGACGUUUCGGGCAGCAAUUUCUCGACGAUUCCAGCCCAGUUUAUUGCCGCGUUGGACGAGAGAAGCGGAAUGAUAAGGCUUCGCGGCCUCGAGACUAAUCCCAUAAUUUGCGACUGCGAAGCGAAGCACCUCUGGCGCUGGUUGAAAAUGUCUUCUCACAGAAUGAGAAUCGAAUGCCGGGGCCCGGAGCAUCUCAAGGCUAUGAUUUUGACCGACAUAAGCGAAGAACUUUUGUCUUGCGAGCGUAUCACUUCAACGAGGAAAUUUUACACUACGGAGCAGAUAACGACAAAGACGACGAUGACGUCGAUGCGCUCGACUUCUUCGGAGCCUGAAAUUAUUUGGACCGCUGCCCCGACCAUCAACGACAACAGCAGGAACAAACAGUACAACGGCGAAGUUGGUGGUUCCUCUGUCAUCGGAGGAUCUACCGGCACCGAUGAUACUCUCAUCAUUGGAAUCGUUGGUGGCGUUGUCGCGUUCAUCGCCAUUGUCAUAAUAAUCAUUUGCAUUUGUCGAUUGCGCUGGAGCAAUCAAGUCAACGAAGCCCGGAUGGCUGCCAUGGCCUCCAGUAUCCACGAAGCAUCUGUCAUCAGACCAGCCAGUGCUUACUCCGGAAAGAUCAAUCAUGAAGCUUACGUCGGAUCUUUCAAUGGCUCUACACUUGGUCAUCCCAAUGUUCAUCCCAACACUCUUCCAAACACAGCACCAGUUCAAAUGAUGUCUUAUGUUCAACCCAUGCACAUGAUGCAUCAACCUCCAAUUCAUCCUUCGCAAACGAACAAUCAACCGAUUUAUGGAUAUUAUGAUACCGGCAAUCCUUCGCUUCCCAUGUACAUGACUUGCGCACCUGGUGACCAGAAGUUUGACAGAUAAGUAAACAAAAAUAUACCGGCCUUGAAAUAUAUCAAGAAUCAUCGAUCCCCACUCUACACUCCUUCGAAUCGCUAGCGUGGAAACAACUUUUUUUCGGCUCAUUCCUGGCAGCCUCGAAUCUUCUUCUGAUCGUUGCAAACAAUGCGAUCCGAUGCAAAAACUCUGUACAUUCCGAAUAUGCUACUUUUAUUCGUUUGAUUGAGUAUAUACGUAAGUGUUUACCAUCAACUUAUUCUUUCAUGCUACGAGAUAUUUAUAUCCCUUUGUUCCGGACAAAUAUAUUUUGUCAAGGAGUUUAUUCCUGCAUCCAUCAUUAUGAUGAUGCCGAAUAAUUUAUUCAACGUGAGAUUCAUGCCCUAGUCAGUGCCAAGAGCGAAACAUUACUUUUCGGCGCAACUGGGUUCGUUUACAAAAAUUGUCCAUUUCACUCGCUACAUGUGCGUAUAGGUUAGACUUUUCGAAACUCUAUUAAUUUUAACUAAUCAACGCGAAUGGACUUUGAAUGCCAGCGAGACGUUGAAAAAAGAUAUACCGAUGCGUAUCCAUUUGAUGAGGUACGAUGUUUCCUCUGUAAAAAAUUUCCCAAAUCAAACAUUCCUUAGGGUGCGUUAUAUUUCUUUCUGAUAUAAAGAAAAAAAUUGAAUUAGAAUAUUUCCCUUAUCCAUAAUUCAACGAGAAUACGUAUAAUUUUUAAUUUUGUACAUUUUGACAAGAGCCUAUACAAAAAGCGAAAGGGCUAAAGUGUUGAAGUAUAAAAAACUACCUUUUUCUGGAAUCCACUAGAAAAUAGUAGCUGAUUUUUAGUAUCUUUAUUGUUAUAGAAAUUCAUGGAAUAAAUCAUUCUUGUUUUUAAUACCAGCGUGUACAUAUAAGAUUGAUAUGAAAUCGAUUAUUUAAUUUAUGAAUAUUUCUAGAGUGUUAUAAGAUUUUGUAAUUUUAACAAUAAAUACUAAAAUACCAUGAUUA